UCCUCGGUACCCAGAGUUCUUGGGAAGUUGCUGUAGAUAAGCCGUGAGAGAACUCAAAAGGACAAAACAGAUACCCUCGGUCUUCAUCGCUAGAAACUUCAAAUUCUCACUUUCCCUCGCCCCCCAACAAGGAAACCAGGUACUUCUUCGCCCUCAAUUCAUUCGGCUCCAAAUUUCUUAGAGGUUUCUUACAUAAGGUCUUUCGUAUUUGGAUUCAAUGUUUCAAUCGUUUCUUAAUAAACAGAACAAUUCUGACCCUUUGUGAGGAAGAAAUUCAAUCCUGAAUACCGAAAGUAAAUGGGUUUCUCGGAUUGAGUGGUUGAAUUCAAGUAUCUGUCUAUUUCUUGGAAAAUAAGAAAAUGGCUCUGUUUUCCAUUAUACCCGCUUGUGGUGGUUCUGGUAAUCAGGUCUCAUGUUUCAAUCAAUCAACAAUUUUCUUCAGUAGAAACAGUUUCAGAACUCAAUUGAGAAAACCCAACCUUUCUGGGACUUUUAAACGUCUUUCUGCUUCAGAUUUUCUUUCCUGUUCUAGUUCACCAUCUUUAUCUUCAUUCGGUCAUCAGUGUUGCUAUAAAUCUCGAUCUGGGUUGGCAUCUAAUAGAAUAAUCAGGUCUGUGGUCAAUAGAAACAGUGGAAACGAGAAAAUUCAUUUGGGCAAAAGAGAUAAGUAUGAGAAGAAAAUGCGUUUCUCGUUGAGAUUGCGCUCAAGAUUACGUUUGCUAUCAAUGAGACUGAAAAGUGUUUCAUCCCGGGCAUCGCUAAAUGAAUUUGGGACUUUCUUGCGUAAAAACUUGAAGGGGGUAACCCUCUCCACUUCUAUUUCUGUAGCCUUGGGUUUGUGCUACUUGUUUCUCAAAUUAACUGCAAUGCCAUCACCAAAGAUUGUUCCAUACUCGGACUUGAUAAUGAAUCUUCAGAGUGGGUCUGUAUCAAAAGUAAUCUUUGAAGAGGGGUCUCGCCGUAUAUUCUACAACAUCAAAUAUCAGGGUCCUGAGAACACUCAGAUGGGUCCUGAGAAUGCUCAGAUGGAACAUCAACCACCUUCAGAAACUACUCCGAGUGUUACUGAGAAUGAUAUUGUGGCUGGGAAAGAUGGAACUAAAAUUCAAACAGUGAUAGGUAACAAUGUGUUGAGAAGAUUUUCAAGAGCCCGAUCUGCUCCAGAGUGGCAAUACUCCACUAGAAAGAUAGAUCAUGAUGAGAAUUUUCUUCUAAGCUUGAUGAGAGAAAGGGGAACUACUUAUAGCUCAGUUCCUCAAUCAGUGUUUGUGUUAAUGCGAAGCAUUUUAAUAACUGUGCUUUCUCUGUGGAUCCCUUUAACUCCUUUAAUGUGGUUGCUGUACCGUCAACUUUCUGCUGCCAAUAGUCCUGUGAAAAAGCGGAGGCCCACCAAUCAGACAGUCGGCUUUGAAGAUGUGGAGGGUGUUGAUGCUGCUAAACUGGAACUUAUGGAGAUAGUGUUGUGUCUGCAAGGGGCUAUCAACUACAGCAAAUUGGGAGCAAAGUUACCCAGAGGUGUCCUGCUUGUUGGUCCACCUGGAACAGGGAAAACAUUACUUGCUCGUGCGGUGGCUGGAGAAGCAGGGGUGCCAUUUUUUGCGGUUUCUGCCAGUGAAUUUGUAGAAUUAUUUGUUGGAAGAGGAGCAUCACGCAUUAGAGACAUUUUUAACAUGGCAAGAAAAUGUGCACCAUCAAUAAUAUUUAUUGAUGAGCUCGAUGCUGUGGGAGGAAAGCGUGGUCGUAGUUUUAACGACGAAAGGGACCAAACUCUAAACCAGCUAUUGACAGAGAUGGAUGGAUUUGAAUCGGACAUGAAAGUCAUUGUUAUUGCAGCAACUAAUAGACCAGAAGCACUAGAUCCGGCUCUCUGUCGUCCCGGUCGCUUCUCACGAAAAGUAUUCGUAGGGGAACCAGAUGAAGAUGGGAGGAGAAAGAUUCUGGCUGUACAUUUGAGGGGAGUUCCUUUGGAGGAAGAUUCAGAUCUUAUUUGCUUUUUGGUGGCAUCUCUCACUCGGGGCUUUGUAGGUGCUGAUCUAGCUAACAUUGUCAAUGAAGCUGCUCUGCUUGCUGCUCGCAGAGGUGGAGAGACUGUAACCAGGGAAGAUAUCAUGGAGGCUGUAGAACGAGCAAAGUUUGGGAUAAAUGAUAGGCAGCCAACUCGUAGUACCAUAAGCAAGGAACUUGGUAAACUGUUUCCAUGGAUGCCAUCUCUGCAAAGAAGGGAUGACAUGAGAAAUGACAGGUUGCAAGUGCCUCUGGGCUAUCAAACACUCAUUUGAUGGUUCUGUCUUUUCGGGCGAGCCCAUUAUGUUCUUCCUAAGAGUAUGCUGCAUUUUUUUUUCCACUAAGAGAGGAAAUGCUUAGUCCUACAAUCCUCGGAUCACGGGCAAAGUUAAUCUUUAAAGUGACAUUGGUAUAGCAGCAUUUCCCAUGAUGGCCAUUGAAAAAUUUUGCUUCCUAGUUUCUUCUGUGUAAUUUUUAAGCCUUCCUGUCCUAAAUUUUUUGUUGAAGGACAUCCUACUUGAUAGGGCUAUAUAUAAUAUUAUACUUCCAUUGAAUGACUGAGAUUGCCAAUCAAUAUCAAUUUUUGGACUUUGUUGAUCA